GAGCCAUGACAAGCAAAGGAACAUACUCGCCUGGAGAUAGCCUCUGUGAUAUUUAAAUGUGUAGGUUAAUUUUUUAUCCACUUUAAUAACUGGGUUUUUUCUCCCUCUACUUCUUUGCUUUCUAUUUCUGCUCUGAAGCCGUGGGCACGGAAAUCUCUGCAGGCAAAUUACUCCAGAGCACAUUGCAGGACAAUACUAUAACGAAUAGUUAAAUUUACGGGCAUUUGGAUUCCUGAUCCUCUUCCGAAAUGGCAGGUGUGAGUGGCUGUAUAAAAUAUUCUAUGUUUAUCUUCAACUUCUUGUUCUGGCUCUGUGGUAUCGUGAUCCUGGGAAUAGCAAUAUGGAUACGAGUAAGCAAAGAUGGCCAAGAGAUUCUCAGUUCUGCAGACUCUGGCACUUACCCCUACGUUGCUGUGAAUAUCUUGAUUGCUGUGGGUGCCAUCAUCAUGAUUCUGGGUUUCCUGGGGUGCUGUGGUGCCGUGAAGGAAAGCCGCUGCAUGCUGCUUCUGUUUUUCAUAUUCUUGCUUCUGAUCCUGCUCCUGCAAGUGGCAGCAGGUAUCCUAGGAGCUGCUUUCAAAUCUGAGUCUCAGAGCAUUCUGAAUGAAACUCUUUAUAAGAAUGUAAACCUUUUGAGCUCAACAAGUGAUGAUGCCAAAGCAUUCCAGCAAGCCGUGACUGAAUUUCAAGAAGAGUUUAAAUGCUGUGGAUUGGUCAAUGGAGCUGCUGAUUGGGGAAAUAAUUUUCUACAAAAUUACAAGUCAUGUGAAUGCCCAAGUUUGACAGAUUCUUCUUGUACAUCUUAUAAAGGCAAAAUUGUUUACAAAGAGCCAUGCAUUUCUUUCAUAGAAGAAUUAGUUGCAAAACAUCUUAUCAUAGUUAUUGGAAUAGCGUUUGGACUGGCAAUUAUUGAGACUCUUGGUUUGGUGUUUUCUAUGGUCCUGUAUUGCCAGAUCGGGAACAAAUGAAUCUGUGAAUGUGUCAAGCUAUCAUCAGGCAAACCCCUUUAAAACUUUCCUUUGGCUUUGUAACUUCAAAUAUAUGAGUGCUGUAUAUGUCAGGAGCAACUGUCCUAUUAAAAUGUUUCACUUAGCUGGGACAUGGAUAUCUUCUAGACAUGUUGAACAUAUUUAAGAUUUGAGGGACAUAAGGAAAAUGAUAUGAAUGUGUAUUUUUGUUCAAAAUAAAAGUAAUAUUGUUUACACUGGUGCUUUUUUGUGUCUGAUCAUUCUGUUCAGGUGGUACUGUGCUUAAAAUGUUCAUCUGGAGCCACCCAGUGGAAUAAUCUUUUUCUUUAAGUGACAGGGCCAUAGAUAGUCAAGGUAGUAAAUCUGGGAAUUUCAGCAACAACUUUCUCUUUUUUGUGGUGUAUUAGCCAUUGGUAAUAAGACGGAAUUAAGUCUGAAGUUGAAAUAAUUGAGAGUAGUCUAGCUAAAAGAGUUGCCAUCUCUUUUUUAUUUUAUGUAUGUCAAUGACUACUAAUGUUGUCUUUCCUUUGCUACACACCUGUUGUGGGAAUGAGAAGAUCUGAGUGCCUACCUCCCAGCCACUGAAUCUCUGGUACCUCUGGGACACAAUAGUUAUAAUUUCUUUUUCUUUGUAGUUCUCAGAAACAUUUAAAAAUAUUGCUUCCUAUCGAAGUAAAAUAUACAUACAGUAAAGCGAAUAUAUAUUAAGUGUAUAGCUCUGUGAAUAUAUACACUUGUGCAAGAUCAAGGUGUAGAACAUUUCCAUCACACCAGAAAGCCCCUUCAUGACAGCUCCCAGUGGUGUGCUGGGACUGGCUCACACCGACUUGCCAGAGCAGAUUGUACACACAUUCAUGUCUUCCCAACUCUGUGUUCAGUUACACCACACUGGUAGCUUGAAAUUUAUAGUAUUUGCAUUGUGGAAAUCAGGGUUUGAUAUAUAUAUAUAUAUUUUUUUGAGAACUGGUUGAUAAACAUUUACCAGUAUACUGUCCCUCUCCGUAGAUACCCCCUAAGGAUAAUCACUCUUCUGACUUCUAUGACCAUAGAUUGAUUUUGCCUGUUCUUGAAUUUUCUCUAAAUGGAAUAACAACAUAUGCACUCUGGCUUCUUUUGCUCAACAUUUUGUCUGUGAGGUGCAUCUAUAUUGUUGCAUGUAGCUGUAGUUUAUUCUCAUUGCUAUGUAGUA